AUGUCAGCCUUCCAGAACACCACAACUUCUUCCAUCAUUUUCCUGCUCACUGGUGUGCCCGGGCUGGAAGCCUUCCACUCCUGGAUCUCCAUCCCCUUCUGCUUUCUCUAUGCAACUGCCCUCUCAGGGAACAGCCUGAUUCUCUUUGCCAUUAUCACUCAGCCCAGCCUCCACGAGCCCAUGUAUUAUUUCCUCUCCAUGCUUUCCACCACUGACCUCGGGCUGUCCAUAUCCACUCUGGCCACCAUGUUGGGGAUAUUCUGGUUCAAUGCCAGAGAGAUCAGCUUCAAUGCCUGCUUGUCCCAGAUGUUCUUCAUUAAACUCUUCACUGUCAUGGAAUCCUCAGUGCUGUUGGCCAUGGCUUUUGAUCGUUAUGUGGCCAUCUCUAAUCCCCUUAGGUACGCCACUAUUUUAACUGAUUCCAGAAUAGCUCAAAUUGGAGUAGCAAUUGUCAUCAGAGGGACUGUAAUGCUGACACCAAUGGUUGCCCUUCUUAAGAGACUAACCUUCUGCAACAGCCAUGUGCUCCACCACUCUUACUGCUUCCACCCCGAUGUCAUGAAGCUCUCAUGCACAGACACCAGGAUCAACAAUGUAGUUGGACUGACUGCCAUGAUUUCUACUGUUGGAGUGGACUCGGUCCUCAUCCUCCUUUCUUAUGUCCUGAUUAUUAGGACCGUCCUCAGCAUUGCUUCCCCAGAAGAGAGGAAGAAAGCCUUCAGCACAUGUAUCUCCCAUAUAGGAGCUGUAGCUAUAUUCUAUAUUCCAUUGAUCAGUUUGUCCUUUGUUCACAGAUUUGGGAAACGAGCUCCACCCUAUGUCCAUACCAUGAUUGCUAACACCUACCUGCUGAUCCCUCCUGUCAUGAACCCCAUCAUCUACAGUGUGAAGACCAAGCAGAUACGUAAAGCUGUGAUAAAAGUUCUCCAUUCUAAAAAAAUAUAGACUCACAAAAGCGUAGAGCUACAUGGCUUGUUUCAGGCCAUAUAGCUAGUUAAUGUUAGAAUACAUCAAAUGUCAGCUACUUUAACCCCUUAUUUCACAGAUGAGGAGACACUCAUAUAUAAUUAGGAACUGAUAACAGUAGAUGACUUUAUGUCUAGAAUUUUUCCUUACUAUUUUUUGUUCUAAGCUAGUAUUUCUAUCCUUGUCAACAGCCCUUUUAUUCUUACCUCAUUGUAGCAGUUAAAAAUUUCAUAUUAAAUCAUCCCUUUGUAGAAAAAUAGGUAGCAUUUUCUAAUUAUCUGCCAUCCACUGUUCAAAGGAACUUUGCUGGUGAAUACUGAGAGCUUCUAUGUAAAUAGAGAUGUGUAUUUAGAAGGUAGUUUGAUACUAUAUCCAUUUAGCAAACUAAUAAUAGUAAGUUGAUCCUAUAACCUAUGAUCUCUCCACCUAUGAGUUCUUGGCCAGGUUUAUAUCAGAUAUAAAUAAAUUCUGUGGUGCCUUCUUUAAACCAGAUCACAAAGCAGUUGGUCACCCCAAAACAUUUUAUCACAAUUUCACCCAUGAGUAAAUCUUGCCAGUUCUAUCAUUAUUGGAACUUGUGAUGUUCAUAGCUGGGUAAGACAAUCAAUAACUUUUGUUCCCCAGCAGCCUAGAUAGCACCUUCUGCUGCUAUGGGAGGCAGUCAGCAUGGGGGAGGCUUCCAGGUCAGUACUUGCUUUAUUUCUCCAGGUCCUUUUACUAAAGCAUAUGGCAUCUUCAGAAAUAGUGUCUUACCAUCAAGUUCUGGUGGGCAACUAAGAGCAAUGAAAGUAGCCUGCACUAUUUUGAGUUUUCUGAGAGGUUCCUUACCAACAACCAGAGGGGAAGAAUCCUACACCUAGCACUGGGAUUUUUACAACCUAUGGCUUCUGGAAGGAACAUCAUCCUUUGUCUUAAUUAUUACUAACCUUGACUUACAUGUGUUCAAAUAUGCCAGAACUUUGUUCUCAGGCCUCUUCUUCCUAUUAUGCUUCUUUUUCUGGUCAUUUCAUAUCAUAUUAUGAUAUUAAAUGCCCUAUGCUGAACAACCACAAGUAGUCCACCCUCAUCUAACAUGUAUUAAUGUUUACAUCCAGAUAUCUCACAAUCAUCUUAGAUGUCUUAAUAGUCCCAUCAAUAAAAAUGUAUGCUCUCUAUAGGCUUCCAUAACCAGAAACUCUGUUUUCCAAAUAUCUAAGAUGAAAUACUUGCAGUGAAUUCUCAUACCUUGAGGUUAAUCCUGUUCCACACCUAACUGUUUAUGAACAAACCCAGAAUCCAGCCACUUACAUUGCUUCCACUACUAUCAUCAGGAUGCCAGCCAUCACCUUGAACCUGAAGUUAUCUAUUAAUAGCUUUGUGGAGAAUCUUCCCUCAUGCAUUUCACAGUUAAGAAUGCUUAUUCUAGUACACAUGGCAGGUCUUAUCACUCCCUCCUUAGCACACUCUCAUGGGCUCUUCUCUGACUAAUGGGGGAAAUUCAGUGAUUGUAGUAGUGUGCAAGGGCUUCUACAUGUUCUGAGUAUCCACCACUAUUCCAGUUCCAGUUCCUACUGUACUUUGAUUCACCCUAGUAAAUUUACAUUAGCCUCUAGAUAUUUUCUUAUAUCAUCAAGAACACUCCAGCAUUAUACUUCAUACUCACCAUUUUUUUUUUUUUGCCUGUGAUGUUUUUCUCUCAGAGAUCAACUGCUGACUUACAUCCUCUCUUCAUGCAGGAUCCUACCCAGUGUACCUUACUGUAGGACCCCUAAAAAUUAUAGGGAUAAUAAUCAUAACAACAAUACUUCUCCAUCAGUUCCUGACAGUAUUUAUCCUCAUCCUUACCUGCCUUUUCUUUAAUCCAUAGCACUUUCAACACCCAAUCUAUUAUAUACUGGGGAGGGGAGGUGUUUUGUUUUGUUUUGUUUUGCUUGUUUCCCCAUCAUGAGAAAAGGUUUUUGAGGAUAAGGAAUUUGUUUCUCGCUGAGUGUACUGUCUCCAUUUACGUCUUAAGAAUCCUUUGUCUUCUAUACAGUACUCCAAGACUGAUGAGAAACUUCCAUGUCUUCUAUUCUGAUUAUCCUCUGUUACUUCAAGCCUUUGCACAAGCUGUUACCUCCACCUAUAGUAGUAUUCACUAUCAUCUGUA